AUGUAUAGACCGCUGUCGUUGCCGCGCGUACCUGUCGCGCAGCAAAUGACUGCGAAUCUACUGGCCGACCCCGUCACACCAUUCGCAAGCUCUCUCGUUGCGUGCAAGGAGGCAUACCCCACCCUGCUGCGUCGUGUGCGGCAUAUUAAGAACGGUGCGCAUUUUACGUACGUAACGCCACUCCCGCUUGCAUUUCCCUACGACUUUCCCCCCGACGAGGCGCAAGGGAAGAAUGAGGGCGACGAAACGGCGUCUACGCUUCGUCGGGUUGAAGAGGUCGAAAAUAUCAUACGCUCCUGCGAGGUGGCGUUACCGCAUAACGGAAAGAUGGACCCUAUACCUCCGUGGCGACACAAUGCGCUCUAUCCUUCUGCACGGCUGCUUGCCAUUUCUCCGCACACACACCGCGACUGCCUUCCGGAACUCGAUCUGGGCGAUGCGGCUGCCUUUAUUGCGCAAUCCUCGGGGCAGAGUGGCAAAAACACGUUUAGCUCCGGUCCAAUUUCAGAUGCGCUGCACAAGCACAGUCCCGACAUGUACGCGGGCGCCACAGAUGCUGUGGAAGCACGCCGUGCAUUCUCGGACUGGGCCGCCGGGCGCGCAAUAUACAUCGACCCCGGCCAACACCCCAUCCCAGCAGAUGCAGGCACGGGCGUGCGCUUCUUUCAGGAACGCGACACUGCCGAGAAGGAAAAGUGGUCGGACGAGAAGCUUGCAGCUUACGAGUUUGAGCGGAGCCUCGAAGAGCUCGAGCACAACCGCACCGAUUCCUCGCGUCCUUACGGCCCUUGGUCCCUGCGCUACGGCGGCCAUCAGUUUGGCGAGUGGGCCGGUCAGCUCGGCGAUGGGCGAGCGGUAACGCUGCUCGAAUCGGCGCAUCCCAACGGCGACCGCUUUGAAGUGCAGAUCAAGGGUGCGGGCCGCACUCCUUAUUCGCGAUUUGGCGAUGGUCUCGCGACGCAGAAAAGUUCCAUGCGCGAGUUCCUUGCCUCGGAGUACAUGGCCGCGCUGCAUAUUCCCACAAGUCGCUCCUUGUGUGUUGUGGGCCUGCCAGAGCUUGCUGUUGCGCGCGAGUCGCUUACCACUGCAGCGGUGAAUAUGCGCAUUGCCUCUUCCUGGCUCCGCAUCGGCAACUUUCAAAUCCACAGCAGCCGCGGCGAGUGGGAAAGCGUGCGGAUUCUGGGCGAGUUUGUCGCGCAUGUCAUUUUUGGAUGGGACGACGUUGCGGUGGGCGGCACGUCACAGCAUCGGCCGCCGUGGGCCGAGCGGCUUUUGUACGAAGUUGCGCGCCGCAACGCACGCACCUGUGCAAGAUGGCAAGUGUACGGUUUUAUGCACGGCGUCUUGAACACGGACAAUAUUGCACUUACAGGCGAGACGAUUGACUAUGGCCCAUAUGGCUUCAUGGACGUCUUUGACGAGGCACAGAUAUGCAACCAUUCCGACUACAGCGGCCGCUACUCGUUCCGACUGCAGCCUACGAUGAUCUUGUAUGCAAUGGACAAGCUGCUCGAGGCCAUUGCGUUUGUGAUUGGGUUCGAAAAAGAGCACGGACGUGCGCUCAGAAAAGGCGAAUUGUCUCGUAUUCCCCUCGAGCAGAUCCAGAAAUGGAGUGACUUUGGCGUCGAUGCAUGUGCAGAUAAAGUCAGCGAGCUCGUCCAGCACGAGCUACUGGAAGAAUGGGCGCUAGCUUGGUGUGCAAGACUGGGCGUUCCUUCGCGCGGCGCUGAGACGGACAAGGCGCAGUUGAUUGAUCCUCUGCUCGUAGCACUUCCGGGCCUCGAUUUCUCCUUGGCGCUGCGCUAUCUGUGUGCAUUUCCAGAUACGGUCGAGCGUACCCAGGAUGCAGCAGACGCUGCAGCGCAGUUUGCCGAAAACUGGGUCCGCCACGCGCUUCUGCCGCGCACCGAGCCGAGCGAUGAGCAGCUUCGUGUGGCAACUUCAUGGCUAACUAUAUACGCAACAUGGCUCAUGGAUGCUGCACGUCCUGCAGCGCUCGUUGCACAGGAGUUGUGCGCGCAUAAUCCUCGCUUUGUGCUCCGAAAUUGGAUCACGGACGAGGUGGCGGAGCGCUUGGAGACACGACAAGAUACACUGUUUUUCGAGCGCGUGCGUGCGAUGUGCGACGCGCCGUUUGCGCCGUGGGGCGAGGUGCGCGAUGGCGUAAGUGCUGAGGACGCGGAAGAAGAGCGCAGGCUGUGUGCGAUCGGAUCGCCACUCUCUUCGAAUUUGCCGUCGUGCUCGUCCUAA